AGGCUUCCAACAUGCAGAAAAAACUGAAGUUGUCCUUUAUCAUGGAGCAGUAAUGUCUGAAAGCGAAGCGAUGGAGAGUUCGUCGGUGUACAUGUGCUUCCCCUGCUACCAGGAGUUUAACACUCUGGAAGAGGUCCUGAAGCACCAGCUGACAUGCUCCGCCGAGGAUGAACGGACAGAAGCAUCUGGAAGCGCUCCUGCCUCUGCCCCAGCGCCGCAGACACGGUCUUUGGAGCAACAGGUGAUAAAUAUAACGAGGACAGCGGAAGUGCAGCAGAAUGAAGUCCAAGGAAAUAAUCCUGCCGAGACUGCACUGAAACAGACUGAGCUUUCUGAAAAGCUGCGGUCAGACCAGCCCAGGAUCCUCUACCAGUGUGGCGAUUGUGAUGAACUUUUCAGGAGCCUUGACCUUUGGCAGCACCACCGAAAAGAGGGGACGUGUGUACACAACGCGAUUCCUGAUUCACAACCUGAGCCAGAGACGACCUCCGCUCAGGGCCAGAGUUCGCCGGUGAAUCCAGACGAUUCUUCUGUGUCAAACAACGAAACGAGCAUAGUUGUUAGUUUAGGGUCUGAGGAAGAGGGAGAGACGCAUCAGGCUGCUGAAGCCACUUCUUCUAAGAACACUGAAGCUGUUGCUGCUGCUGCUGCUGCUGCUGCUGCUGCUGCUGCUGCUGCUGCUGCUCCUGAAGCGGCUCCUUCAACACCGAACCCAGAUCCAGAACCGGAUUCUUCCUAUAGGAAGAGAGGCGCAAACAAGAAGCCCAAACCCGAGCCAGUGCUCUUGUGCGUGGACUGCGGCUCCUGCUUCGGCCUGGUUUCUGAACUCGUCGCUCACCGCAAGACCCAACACGGCUUCGAGGAGGCGCUGCACCGCUGCUCCGUGUGCGGGGAAAGCUUUCUGAACACUACGCUCUUCCUCUACCACCGCAAGCAGCACCGGCAGCAGGAAGACUCGGAUUCCACCGAGGCGACCGCAGCGGCGGCGGCGGCAGCUUCCGAAGCGGCACCGCAGGAGGCUUCUGCUGCGAGCAAUGGGACUGACGGGCAGGAGACGGAGGAAACCGCCCCCGAUGCCGGCGCCACCAGCACCUUCACGCAGCCGGAGCAGUUCAUGUGCACGCAGUGCGGGCAGAGCUUCGGCGACGAGGCCGGGCUGGCCACGCACCGGAAGAAGCAGCACGACCUGACGGAGCCCCUGCACGUCUGCAGUCAGUGCGGCGACACCUUCAUGAACACCACCCAGUACUUGUACCACUGGAGGAAGCACCGCCUCGCGGCGGGGACGGAGGGCGCCAAAGAAACUGAAACCGGUGCAGAAGCGGACGCCGAUAAGCCCGAAGAUGGUGCCCAGAGUGCAAAGCGAGCCGCCUCUUCUGGGGAGUCUGGCUCCCCACCUGUGAAGAAGAGCAGGCCUUCUUUCAGGGCCAUUAGCGGAAAUGCACUCAAAGGAAACAAGGGCUCAGGCACUAAAGAUGAAUUAGAGGGCAGCACUGCAGCAGACUCAGACAACACCAAUCACCCUCCACCUGCCAAGCUGCUCCAGGACUGGUCCCGCACGCCGCUGCCCCACGUUUGCCCCUACUGCGGCAAAACGUUCACCCGGCGCGUCUUCCUGCGCACACACGUCUACAGCCACACCGGCGAAAAGCUCUUCACGUGCAAGGUAUGCUCAAAGUCCUUCACCAACUCCCAGAGCCUGCUGCGCCACAGCAUGAGCCACACAGGCAACAAGCCCUUCAGCUGUGAUGUUUGUGGCAAGAACUUCUCGCAGGCAGCCACCCUGAAGAGACACCAGCGCAUUCACACAUCAGCAAAUCCCCGGCGCAGGCGUGGACGCAAACCGGUGUCUACUCUGUACAAUGACGAAGCGGCUCAUCUCUUCCCAUGUCCCAACUGUCCUUCACGCUUCAACACUGAGGAUCAGCUCAACCAUCACAAAUUGCUGCACACCAGCCACCCGUUCCCCUGCGCCGAGUGCGGAGAGGCCUUCAAACGCAGAAAAGACCUCGACCUGCACUCCCUCAUUCAUCAAGACAAGCAGCCGGUUACGUGUCCGCACUGCUCGGCCCAGUUCAUCAACCAGUCGGUGCUGGACAUCCACCUGCAGCGGUGCCCGACAUCAGAGGAGGACCGGAAUACUGGCCGCGGACGAGGCCAAGGCCGAGGGCGCAGCACCGGGCAGGUUGAAUGUGACCUUUGUGGCCACCGCUGCAUGACCCAGGAGGGCCUCGACCUCCACCGCCUAUCCCACACGGGCCAGACGCCUCUCAAAUGCCCGGUGACGCCCUGCCGCCGCAGAUUCACCAGCAACAGCGCCCUGGAGGAGCACGUGCUCGCACAUUUCCAGGGAACGCUCAGCAAGACCAAAGGCAGACCCCGCUUCCGCUGUCAGAUUUGCCACAAGCACUUUGCCUACAAUUCCACCUUCAACGUUCACAUGAGGACACACACCGACGAGCGGCCCUUUGAGUGCGCCACAUGUGGGAAGCGUUUCCGCCAGCUGCCCCACCUGCAGGACCACGAGCGCAUCCACAGCGGCCUGCGGCCUUUCUGCUGCUGGAUCUGCGGGCGGAGCUUCAGCGUGGCGGCCCGUCUCACCGAGCACGCCCGCACGCACAGCGGCGAGAAGCCCUACCCCUGCCCUCACUGCCACGCCGCCUUCCGCUCGCGCUCCAACCUGGACAAGCACGUCCGGCUGCACACGGAGGUGCCUCAGGAGUCCGACGAGCAGCAGCAGGUGGUGCACGUGACCGAGGACGCCGAGGUCCAGAAGAUGCUGAAGGGCGCCAAGGUGCUGUCCUCUCUGGCUGCCUCGGCGGAGGUGGAGUCGGGCGCCGUGCAGACCAUUUACGUGCUGCAGGGGGCCGAGGGAGCCACCGAGACGGUCAUGAUCCCGACCGAUCAGCUCAGCGGGAUCGAGGGCGCCUCGCAGGUCGUCAUCCUGCCCUCCUCCGUGCUGGGAAGUCAGGGCAUCCCCACCAUCACCAUGGGAGGAAAUGAAAUCACCAUGGUGGAGACCAGCCAGUCGCCCCAGCACGCCAUCGAGUUCAUUGUGGAGGAGACGGUAUGAAAACAGUAGAACAGUAGAGCAACACUGACGCAGUAGGAGAUAGACCGGUGAGCGAUGGACAGUGGGAGUGAUUUCCUUUUCUGUAUAUAGAGUGUUCGGUUUCAGAGCCAUCUGGGAAACUAAAGCCCAAAUUGUGGGCAAAUCUUGCUACUUUCCUUAAUCACCCACAACUCGUAUUAACAUUGUUCCAGCAGCGGUAACACAACCGGUUAAUGAGGCUCCGAGUUUAAAAGCAGGCUGUGAGAUCGGCUGUCGAUCGUAUACAUGAUUUUAUUCACAGCCUCUAUUUCUUUGUCGAUCACAUGACCGCCUAUGAAAUGUCUUCUGCUUUCUUUGUAAUAAAACGUUUCAGCUUUCA